AUCUCUGUCGCCUGCACCUCUUCAGAGACAAAGAAGGCCCUUCAUCAACACUCAGUCUCUCUCCACGAGUCCAGCACGAGAAGCACCACCAUGCCGGACACAAUCAUGUCCAAGGAGCCCAGUUCCGACCUGGAGAGUGCCAUGCAGAUGCUCAUACAGACCUUCCACAAGUACUCAGGGAAGGAGGGUGACAAGUUUACACUGAGCAGGGCUGAACUGAAAGAGCUGCUGGUCGAGGAGCUGGGCAGCUAUUUAGGGAACUCCAAAGAAAAUGAAGCCAUUGAAAAGGUGAUGAACGACUUGGACGCCAACAACGACGGUGAGGUGGACUUCACCGAGUUCAUCAUUCUGAUGGGCGCCCUCACGGUUGCCUGCAAUGACUUCUUCCUGGAAAAAACAGAUGACAAGCCGAAAGAUGGAGGCAAAUCCGAGGCGGGGAAAACAGAUUGAAUCAGUGCAGGAGAGAAGAAUGAGGGAAGUGGGGUGGUGGGGAGGGGGAGGAGGAGGAGGAGGAGGAGGAGGAACUGUAAAUCAGGGGAGAUAGAGAGCAGAGUUGGAACGGACAUUUGUCUUGCACAAUUUGUAAACACUACAGCAGAUAGUUUAUGGGUUCACAGAACACGGGUGCAUUCAGCAGAAAUGGUUUUUCCUCCUACAGCAUAUCCAUAGCUUGUUGCAGUGUUCUACAAUGAAUGAGUGAGUGAGUGAGUUCACGCACAGAACGAAGAAUAUCCCAACGUAUUCCAACUCAACAUCGGCAGUCUCUCGUAUGUUCCGAAGAAGAAGGCGCUGAGAAGAAGAGAAGUCGUUAGAGAGAUAUUUUUUAGGAGGAUGUUUUGGUAUUUCUUGCACGUUAGUAUUUUGUAAACAUAUAUUCAUGUACUGUGGGUUACAGAUUAUUAUAGUAUUGUAUGCACUCAGUGUUCUUUUUUUGGCUUAUAACCAAUGCAUUCCCCACGAUAAUAAACGAGACAUUUAACCAAC